AUGGGUACCGAGGUGGAUGGGGCCGUUCUGAAACGGACACAGAGUUCACUGGGGAAAUUCGUGAAACGACCCGCACUGACCGAGAAGCUGCUUCGCAAACCACCGUUUCGGUUUCUUCACGACGUAGUUCACGCGAUCGUACGUGAGCAUGGCCUGCUGGAAGGGCUGUACACGGCUGAUGAGCUGAAUUCGGACAACAUCAAGGAUCGCGAUUCGAAAAUGGCGUUUUUGCAGAAGCUCAUUGACGUCGUUAAGUUACUUACCGAUCGUGAUCUAAAGGUUCGUCCCUCGAAGGUGGUUGCCGGGCUGGAGGUAGAACGUACCAACGAGCUCCUGCAGGCACUUGGCUAUGCACUGGAGCAGAAGCUUAGCAGUGCUGACAUCGUACGCCAGUAUCUCGCCGUAUCUGGCCCAGAGACCCUAGCAUCUAAAAACCCCACAGUAGCUAAUGGGACUGGAGCAUCGGAAUCGCAACAAGCUCGAAAAGAACCUGCUAAGGAUCGAUCGAAGGACAAGGAACCGGCAGGAGUGGAUAAACGAAAAGAUCGAAGUUCUAAACCGAAAGAGAAAGAAGCUGCCAGAAAUGGAAUAUCUGCGGUAGCGGUGGAUGUAAAGGCCAGCGAUGGAAAGGGAAAGAGUAAAGUGCAAAAUGGUGGAGUCAAGGUAUCGAACGACCCAAAAAGGAAGGUUGACAAACCGGCCAAAGGGAAGGAUAAAGAGCGAUCUCUUAAACGGAUACCCUCGAUACCGGAAGAGCAGCAGCCCGUUCCACCCCAGACACCAACCGUCAAGGAUCGGCCAAGUCAUGAUGUGGCGCCCAACAGUGCUGGGAACGGUGUCGAAACAUUAACGAACGGCAAACAAUCAAAUGAGCGAAGGAAACGACGAGAUUCGUACAAGGAAUCGGUUGAGCUGGGUCCAGCGCCGCAGGAAGAUGAAGCGAAAGGUGGUUCGCUUACGAUGGAAGAAGAAAAUGAACGGCACCGCAAACAGAACGGUACCGGAAGUAACAGCAGCAGUCGACGAUCAUCGCUUAAGAAACAGAAUAGCCUGACGCCCAGCGAGAAUAACGCGCUGUCGGAGAUGAAUCAAUUCAAUGGGCUGGAAAACUCCCCUGGUCCGAGCCGACAGGAUAGUGGUACCGGAGUUGAUCCACCACCGGCGAUCGGCACAGCACGACCAGCACCAGAUACGAUCGAAAUAGCCACGAUGCCAGAACAAAUGGCGGCAGGAGGUGGUAACACGGUUACCACGGUGGACCCUUUAAUAGCUGCACCUGAAAGCAAUUCCCGAGGUGUCGUUACCGGGAAACCACCGAUGCACCGGCAGCAAUCGGUUGAGACGGUACUGCGACCAAGAACCAGCCUAAGGCCACCGAGCGUACGACCACCUUCGGCUCGACCUGGCGCCCCACGACGGAAGGAGAAGAAUGUCGAAGUGAUUCUGCAACCGAAUGAAAUGCAAAAGCUGGGCGACAUCAACGUCAAGAUGGAGGUGUUCAAUAGUGAGCUGUUGGAUGAUGAUGGGGAGAACUUGAUCGUCAUCGAGGAUCCCAUCAGUACGGUCGAUGAUGUGUACGGUGGUAUCGGUGGCGUCGGAGCGAUCGGCAGCGCUGGUAUGACGGAUGGAGAUGAACUCAGCACUCAGCACCUCGGGCAGCAGGGACAGGGUCAGGAGGAACAUCAGGGCCAUCUGGUGCAGCAGAUACUGGAAACGCAGAAAGAAUUCUCCAACCACGCAAACCAUGACGGUGAACUGCUGCGUAAGCCCCAAGACACGGAUUGGUCCAUCGGGCAGCGUCAAUCUUCAGUGAAGCAAAUGGAACUGCUACGUGAAUCAAUCCAGAAGCUCACACGAUCCGUGAAUCCACUUGGGAAGCUGAUGGAUUUUAUCCAGGAAGACGUUGACUCUAUGGAACGUGAGUUGGCCAACUGGCAGCAAAUCUAUUCGCGCUCGAUCGUGGAGCUGAACAAGGAACGAAGUGCCACGGAAAAUGCGAUCGAGCCGCUGAAGCAUCAGCUAUCGCAAAUCGAGGUCAGCAUAAAGGAAUAUCGUGAAAUGAUUGAUUCAACACGGGCCACCAUUUUGCAGAACGAACAGAAGAUCGAACGCUUGUACAUGACCGAACUAUAGAA